GUUGCUAGCACAUGCUACCGUGUGACAGUUGAUAUAUUUGUGUACACUUGUUGCCGUAUGACAAAGUUGUCGUUUUUAUUGUUUUUGUCAGUCGUAACUAAAUCGUUCAUUUGUUCGGUCGGUCGGUCAUUACACUGAUUUUUUCUCUUCCAAGUUAGAAGUGCUGACUAUUUUGAUUUGGAACUUUCAAACAAAAUGUACGAGAAGCAUGAUAGUGACGACGACAACCGCUAUGUAUGUUCACAAAUAAAACCAAGCUGGAAGCAGGCUUACGAAAAUGGCAAUUUUGGCGAUGAUUUUCCACCGGAUUUACAAGUGAAUGCUGCGCCGUCACAAGCACUAGAUCAAUCAGCAGUAUUUUUAACGCGCAUCCUAAAUAGGGUUCGGAGCAAACAAAAUGAUCGACAGCCAGUUGAAUCGACCGCUCAAAUAGUGUCUACGGUUAAAAUUCUGACUACAUCUGCGCAAAAGCCACAAGACAUUCUAAUGAACGAUACUCCAUGCCAACCGAAUCCAAUUCAGAGACCGGUCGAUCCAAGACUACAGAUUGGACGUGCGUGCGCUCAAACUGCGUCUCGUGUUGGGAUGCUGCCAAAUGUGUCGCAUCAAAACGUACAUUAUCAAAGUGUAUAUUACCCAAAUGUAGCUAUUCUGUCAACAUUGAAUACACAACGGCCAUCUGAUCCUCGGUUACGGCGAGAAUGGCAACCAGUGUCAACGCAGAGCGUUCACUUCGCAUCACCAAUUCAGCCGUCUGAUGCUGAAGCAAUUGCCAGACGCCGUAUUACGAUGAAUGAUUACAAAAGAUACACUUCGGAUCCAUCAGAGCCGGAAAAAGAUCGUGCAAUCAGCAUCAAUCAAGUGUCAUCAACACAAGCCUAUGUUCAUGAUGAGCAAAAGUCAAACGUUGGUAACGAUGAGCAAAUUGACAGAUCAAAUCCACAAAACGUGUGUCAAGGAAACGAACAAGUUCCAGUGGCAUCGCCAAAUGAUCAAGAAACUGAACCCAGUCAAUCUUCCUCGUCGAAUAUCGCAACGUCAAUCAUUCUGCAGCCGGAAAUAGAUCCAUCCACUGAUUCUUCGCCAACAAAUCCGAAUCAAGAAAUUGAAGAUGAGUUUAUGGAAAAUGUGGCAGACGAAGAGAUUACAAUCAAAGAUGAGGUCGUCAACGAUGUACCGGCCGCACAGAAUGUUGUAGAGGAUUACUAUGAUUCAUAUGACAGUGAUGCGACUGAGGUAUUGGACUUUGACGCGUUCCAAAGAGAACGUAUGUCACAUAUGUGGAAGGAGCCGGUGAUCAUUGACAUUGGCGAAGAAAAUAUGUCGCCACAGUACAAAGUCGAAAUGGGCCUAGAGUUGCAAGAAGUGCAAAAAGAAGAGCGCCAAAGUGAAUCGGAAGCUGAUGAUAGCAACAAUCAAAGUAAAGCUCUGCCGAUACGGUUUGAUUUCAGUCGAGAAGUUCGCAUCGUUUUGGAAGAUAUUGCUAAAAUACCAAUAGAAUCAACCGUUUUUGAUUUUCUCCAGAAAAAGAAGCGACUGACCAAGCCGUUGCCUGAAUCUGAAGCGGAACAAUUGCCACCCAUCGAAAUCUCGUCCAGCGAUGAUGAUUUCGUGUAUGAGCUAUCGGAUUCUGAUAGCGAUAUAGAAAUGAUUUCAUAGUUUGCUCAAAUCAUGAUACGAUCGCCGAUUUUGUUCUAAAGAAAAGUAAUAAUUUUUAAUUCCGUCUCAGACACACUUUAUUUCAUAUUUUUUUAUGAAAAAAAAAAUUAUAUUUGAGCCCAGUGGCAGUUCCAUUCCUUAAUUUAUUGCAUUUAAGUAGCAUUUCAUUCAUGCAUGACAUGCAUUGCAUGUAUAACGAUUAGAAAUCUAAAUCAAGCAUAAGUGCAUCGUCGGCGUCAUCAUCGAGAAUGUGAUGGUAGUCCAUGCUUUCCACCGCUGGUUGAACUGAUGUUUGGUCACCAUUGUUAUUGUUAUUGAUUUGACCGCCUUCUGCUGAUUUGGGACUUUCGAAGUAACGAUCAAUUGUCUGAUCUGAUGACUGUGCCUGAAAAAUAGAAAAAAAUGUGUAAUUUCGAAUACUCGAUUGAAUUUGUUUAAAAAGAAAAUGUAUCGAAACAUUAAAUAAAAUUCAACUUACCGAAACUGUAA